GUCGGACCUCCAACGCGCCCCCGGCGGCCAACGGGAAACCCGACACCUUUGACAUCAUCUCCGCUCGGGAGACGCGGGCUCCUUCCCGGCACACGCUGGCGAACCGGCUCAGUCGUCGGAUCCGUAGCGGAGCUGAAGCCGGUUCCCACCUGUGGGUGACCCUGCCGGAACCCCGCCCCCUUUGCGUAGUAGCCAAAUAAACUCUAAUACACCCCCAGGAUCCAAGAUGAGACGCCAGAAGGAGGAGGCGCUUUUUUAGGGGAUUAACGAGAGAAUUGAGGGAAAGUCUUCUUCGUCUUGGAGGUCUUGUUGAGCUUGACAAGAGGUUUCUUGAUCCUGGGAAAAAGUUUUCUUCAUUGUGUUAUACUUUGGACUUAUUGUUCUUCCUCACGUGGAAAGUGGUCUUCAUCAUAGGCCAGAAGCUGUGGUACAGGUGUCCACUGAUGACGGCGUGACUUUUUAGCCAAUCGGCAGCCUCGUCGGGAAGCUAGCGCCGAGGAGACGAUGGGCACGGGUCGCCCCGACGGCGGCGCCAUUUCCCUCGUGGCGCUCUUGUUGUUGUCGUCGGUCUUGCUAGUGCCGCCGUCAGGCGCCGACAGCGUUCCGAGCUUCAUCAAGUCGCCCGACGACCAGACGGGCAUCUCGGGGGGCGUGGCCUCGUUCGUGUGCCAGGCGCUGGGCGAGCCCAAGCCACGCAUCACUUGGAUGAAGAAAGGCAAGAAAGUCAGCUCGCAACGAUUCGAGGUGAUCGAGUUUGCCGACGGCUCGGGUUCGGUUUUGCGCAUCCAGCCGCUGAGGUCGUACCGGGACGAGGCCGUCUACGAGUGCACCGCCGCCAACGUCCUGGGGCAGAUCAACGCCAGCGCCAAGCUCACCGUCCUGGACGAGGAACAGAUCCCUCACGGCUUCCCGAGCAUCGACAUGGGCCCUCAGCUGAAGGUGGUGGAGAGGACGCGCACGGCCACCAUGUUGUGCGCCGCCAGCGGGAACCCGGACCCCGACAUCUUCUGGUUCAAGGACUUCCUGCCCGUCGACGUGGAGAGCGGCGACGGACGCAUCAAGCAGCUGCGCUCGGGUGGUACACCAAUCCGAGGUGCUCUCCAGAUCGAGAACAGCGAAGAAUCGGACCAAGGCAAGUACGAGUGCGUGGCCGUCAAUCCGGCGGGGACCCGGUACUCGGCGCCGGCCAACCUCUACGUGCGAGUUCGCCGGGUGCCGCCGCGUUUCUCCAUCCCGCCGUCCCACCAUGAAGUGAUGCCCGGGGGUAGCGUCAACCUGACGUGCGUGGCGGUGGGCUCGCCCAUGCCGUACGUCAAGUGGAUGAGCGGAGAAGACCAGUUGACCCGCCAGGAUGAGAUGCCCAUCGGGCGCAACGUCCUGGAGCUGACGGACAUCCGCCAGUCGGGCAACUACACCUGCGUGGCCGUCUCCUCGCUAGGCGUCAUUCGGACCACCGCGCAGAUUACCGUCAAAGCCCCGCCCAAGCCCCCCACAUCCCUCAUGGUAACCGAGACCACCGCCACCAGCGUCACCCUAACCUGGGACUCGGACACAUCCGAGCCCGUGUCCUACUACGUGAUCCAGUACCGGGCCGAACUGUCAGACGAUGGCUUCCGGGAGGUGGACGGCGUGGCCACCACCCGCUACAGCGUCGGGGGUCUCAGCCCUUUUUCGCAGUACCGCUUCCGGGUGAUGGCGGUCAACAACGUGGGCCGAGGGCCGCCCGGGCCCGACGUGGACGCCCGUACCGGCGAACGUGCGCCCUCUUCGCCCCCUAUUCGCAUUCGGGCAUACAUGUUGAGUUCCACCGGCAUGCUGGUCCAGUGGGAGCCCCCCGAGGAGCCUAACGGCCAGGUGCAAGGGUACCGACUCUACUACAGCACCAGCCCUGAGGAGCCACUCGGAGCCUGGGACAAACGCGACACAGAGGAUGAACCGCGCAUCACCCUGGCCGGACUCAUCCCCGAUGUCACCUACGGACUCAGAGUGCUCGCCUUCACCUCGGUGGGUGACGGCCCCCUUUCGGAUGUCCUGCUCAUCAAGACGCGGCAAGGAGUUCCGGCUCAGCCAUCCGAUUUGGAGGCCGAAGCCGAGCUGGACUCGCGCAUCUUGCUGUCGUGGCUCUGGCCCAUCCAGGACCCGCUAGUCGGGUACGAGCUGAUCUACUGGGAGGCUAAUCUUCCCCAGGAGAAGUACAGUGUGACCUUCGAGCCAACCGGAUCCUACGCCGUGGACGGUUUGAAAGCCGACACCGUCUAUUUCUUCACUCUUGCCGCCAGGUCUGAGAUGGGCUUAGGAGUCUUCACCACACCCGUGGAGGGAAGGACAGCCCGAUCCACCACCUCGGCGCCCCCUCAGAACAUCCGCCUGCUCAGUCUGAGCUCCACCAGCAUCCAAGUGAGUUGGGCGCCGCCCCCCGACGCCACCGCGGUCACCGGUUACUCCCUCGCCUACCUCGCGUCACCUGGGGAGGACCGUGAACGCCGGGAGGUGUUGGGAAUUGGCGCCGAGGCGCGCAGCUUCUUGCUGGAGGGUCUGGAAAAGUGGACGGAAUAUUCCGUGUGGGUCCGAGCGCUCACCCAUAUCGGGCCCGGACCGGAGAGUCCGCCGGCCCGCGUCAGGACGCAGGAGGAUGUGCCAGAAGCUCCGCCCAGAAAGGUGGAGGCGGAGCCCGUCAACUCUACGGCAGUUCGGGUGAGCUGGAAGCCUCCGCUGUCAAUCAAACAGAACGGCCACGUUCGGGGCUACCAGAUCGUCUACUCCAGGAUGGAGAAGGGGGAGCCCCACGGGCAGCCCCUCAUCAUGGACGUCGCCCACCCCGAUGCGCAGGAAGCCAUUUUGACGGGCCUGCUGCCGGAGACCAGCUACUCGCUAACAGUAGCGGCGUACACCACCAAGGGGGACGGCGCCCACAGCAAGGCUCGGCUGGUCACCACCACUGGGGCAGUCCCAGGCAAGCCCACCAUGAUGAUCAGCACCACCAUCGGCAACACGGCGCUCAUCCAAUGGCAGCCGCCCAAGGAGACGGCGGGCGAGCUGACUGGCUACCGGCUUCAGUACAAACGGGCCGAAGAGGACUCUUUCACCGUCCGAGACUUCCGCAAGAGUGACGACCACUUCACCGUCACCGGCCUCCACAAGGGGGCCACCUACGUCUUCAAACUGUGCGCCAAGAACCGGGCGGGAAACGGGGAGGAGUACGCCAAGGAGAUCGGCACCCCUGAGGACGCCCCCUCGGGGUACCCCCUCAACCUGAGCGCGGCGGGCCUCGGCGCCACCUCCGCCCGGCUGGCCUGGGAGCCGCCCCCAUUGGCCGAACGCAACGGGAGGAUCGUGGAGUACGCAGUGGUGUACCGGGACAUCGACAGCCGCGAGGAGAGCGCCCGGACCACCGCCGAAACGCACUUGAGCCUGAGCGGGCUGCGGCCGGACACCACCUACGACAUCCGUGUCCGGGCCUUCACCGCCAAGGGCGGCGGACCCCUCAGCCCAAGCAUACAGAGCAGGACCACGUCUGCCACGAUACCAGUGUUGGUCAAAAACUUUGGUGCCAAAGCGGUGAUGAAAACAUCGGUGCUGCUGAGCUGGGAGCUUCCCGAAACUUCUGAAUCCGAGUUGCCUCUCAAGAUCCUCUACAACCAGGAGAGCGUGGAGGUUCGAGGUGAAGACAAGCGGAAGCUCAUCACGCAGCUCGCGCCGGAUACAGAGUACUCCGUUGUCCUGAUGAGUCACGGGGAAGACCCUGGCGGUGUCCAGCAGCGGGUUUCCGUCCGGACCGCGCCGGACAUACUCCCGGAAAAACCCUCGGAGUAUCUUCAGGAUAUGGAGGAGGGUGGGAAAGUCACACUGCGGCUGCCCCGGGUGCUGCCGGGAAGCCCGGUCAGGUGGUUCUACAUUGUGGUGGUCCCGGUUACUCCUGCAUCCCUGAGGUGGGAGAACCCUGACGACAUGGAUCUCCAAGAGCUACUUGAAGGUGAGGACGUCCGACGCAGGAAGAGAAGGCAGAUGGAGAGCGACUUCCCGCCGCCGUACGUUGCGGCCAAGCUGGACUCGCUCCCCGACGUUUUCACACUGGGCGACAGCCACGAGUACCACAGCUUCCGCAAUGAGGCGUUGCCGGGGCAAGGACGGUACCGCUUUUUCGUUCUGGCCGAGCUGGCGGACCGGGAGUCGGUAAGGGUACUUCGUUUUCUUUCCCAAAUCCUCGAUGCGGAACGUUGCGCUCAUUUUCGACAGAGGACGCUCGCGAGCAGUCCGUUCUCGGAAGCCGUCUUGGUGAAAGUCCACGGCGGAGUGGCGCGCCACUCUGAGGAACCCGAGAUGCUCUGGGUGAUGGGACCCGUGCUGGCUGUCGUACUCAUCGUCAUCAUCGUCAUCGCCAUUCUUCUCUUCAAGAGCAAGCAAGAACGGAAACGCACGUCCCCGUCGUCCAAAGACGAGCACGCGGCGGGCGUGAAGGAUUCCCUCCUGGCCCACUCGUGCGACCCGGUGGAGAUGAGGAGGCUCAACUACCAGACGCAAGGCGGCGGCGCCCCGAGUUGUCCGACCACACCGAGGAUGAGAGAACAUCCUCCCAUCGCCACCUGCGACCUGGCCGACCACAUCGAGCGACUCAAGGCCAACGACGGCUUGCGCUUCUCGCAGGAGUACGAGUCCAUCGACCCUGGUCAGCAGUUCACGUGGGAGCACUCCAACAUGGAGAUCAACAAACCAAAGAACCGCUAUGCCAACGUCAUCGCCUACGACCACACCCGAGUUCUCUUGACGCCCGUGGACGGAAUCCCCGGCAGCGACUACAUUAACGCCAACUACGUGGAUGGAUACAGAAAGCAGAACGCCUACAUCGCCACGCAGGGGCCGCUGCCCGACACGCUCGGAGACUUCUGGAGGCUGGUGUGGGAGCAACGCGCCGCCACCAUUGUCAUGAUGACGCGCCUGGAGGAGAAGUCGCGGGUAGGACCGGGAUCGCGCUGGAGGGGACCUGGCCCGGGUUCACGUGUUGAUUUUUUGCAGGUCAAGUGCGACCAGUACUGGCCAAGUCGCGGUACCGAAACCUAUGGCAUGAUCCAGGUGACCUUGUUGGACACGGUGGAUUUGGCCACCUACAGCGUACGCACCUUUGCGCUCUACAAGAGCGGUUCUAGCGAGAGGAGGGAAGUCCGGCAGUUCCAGUUCCUGGCCUGGCCUGAUCACGGCGUGCCCGAGCAUCCCGCCCCCACGCUAGCCUUCCUGCGCCGGGUCAAAGCCUGCAACCCGCCGGAUGCCGGACCCACGGUGGUCCACUGCAGCGCCGGCGUGGGUCGCACGGGCUGCUUCGUGGUGAUCGACGCCAUGCUGGAGCGCAUCAGGCACGAGCGUUCGGUGGACGUCUACGGACACGUGACCUGCGUGAGGUCUCAGAGGAACUAUAUGGUGCAGACGGAGGAGCAGUACGUCUUCAUCCACGAGGCCCUGUUGGAGGCCGCCGUCUGCGGGAACACCGAGGUGGCCGCCCGAAACCUCUACGCGCACGUCGACAAGCUCGGCCGAGUACCGCCCGGGGAGACCGUCACCGGCAUGGAGCUAGAGUUUAAGAAACUGGCCCACUCUAAAGCGCACAGCUCACGUUUCAUCAGCGCCAACCUGCCGUGCAACAAGUUCAAGAACCGCCUGGUCAACGUCAUGCCUUUGGAGUCCAGCCGCGUCUGCCUGCAGCCCAUCAGGGGCGUGGAGGGCUCCGACUACAUCAACGCCAGCUUCGUGGACGGAUACAGGCUGCGGAGAGCCUACAUCGCCACGCAGGGACCCUUGGCCGAGACCACCGAGGACUUCUGGAGGAUGCUGUGGGAGCACAACUCCACCAUCGUGGUCAUGCUCACUAAACUGCGCGAGAUGGGACGGGAAAAGUGCCAUCAGUACUGGCCCGCCGAGCGCUCGGCCCGCUACCAGUACUUUGUAGUGGACCCCAUGGCCGAGUACAACAUGCCGCAAUAUAUUCUAAGGGAGUUCAAAGUGACCGACGCCAGGGACGGCCAGUCCAGAACCAUCAGGCAGUUCCAGUUCAGCGACUGGCCCGAACAAGGAGUGCCCAAAAACGGGGAAGGCUUCAUCGACUUCAUCGGGCAAGUCCACAAAACCAAGGAGCAGUUCGGUCAGGAAGGACCCAUCACUGUGCACUGCAGCGCCGGCGUGGGGCGCAGCGGCGUCUUCAUCACGCUUAGCAUCGUCUUGGAGCGCAUGAGGUACGAGGGCGCUGUGGACGUCUUCCAAACCGUCAAGACCCUCAGGAUGCAGCGGCCCGCCAUGGUGCAGACUGAGGACCAGUACCAGCUGUGCUACCGGGCUGCUCUGGAAUACCUGGGAAGCUUUGACCACUAUGCAACAUAACGGCCUCCUUUCUUCUGGAAACCCUCAACACUUGUUCAUUGAUCUUGUUUUUUUCAUUUUCUAUAAGCACUGCUGGGGACAUGUCUUUUUUCAUCACGCGCCCACAUUUUAGGAUUAUUAUUAUCAAUACUCAACUGCUGCUACUUUGUUUUUCCGUCCAUAGACGCGAUUUUUAUACUAUGUCACUUUUAGUGUUGCACCGAUAAUCGGUACCGGUGCCGAUACGGUGCUAAUAUGACGUCAUCGGUAACAGUGAGUACUAAGAAUUAAUGUGUCGAUGCUGAGCAAUAUGUACUUUUUAAGAUCGAGUGUCCGAUGGUUGGAGAAAAAAACACCGGAGAAAAAAACAAACAAAAAAAACAAUGACUGUAAUGUAUACGUCCAAUCGUAUGGCGUCUAAUCAUCCUUCAGCUUUGAAUUUAAAUGAGGUUUUUUUUUUUGCGAGUAGACGUCCAAUCAAUUUAAAGUGGGAGGGUUGGCAGCAAAAGCAAUGGCCACCAAUGAUGAAAUAGCUUUGACAUUGAUAAAAUAAUCUUUUAAAAAUUAUAAUUAUGAUUGAAUUAUGACUUCAUGGAGUUUAAAGAGGAAUGUUGCCCCUCCCAACAUGGCUGCCCCUAGGACAUUUUGGUAGUGGCGAUGAAAGCUCUCCAUGAUUUUGCCAUCAAUUGAAACGAGUUUAUCGGUAGUGGAAGUCCAAUCAAUUUGAAGCGGGAGGGCUGGCAGUGAAUACAUUGGCAGCUAAUGAGGAAAUAGCUUUGACAUUGAUGAAAUAAUCUUUUAAAAAUGAAUUUAUGAUUGAAUUAUGACAUCAUUUUAAUGUCAUUGGAUUGAGUUUAAUGGGGAAUGUUGCCCCUAUCAACAUGGCCGCCUUGAGGCCAUUUUGGUAGGGGCGAUGAAAGGUCUUUUCAUGCUUUUCUCUUCAAUUGAAAUGAGUUUAGCACUCGUAGAUGUCCAAUCCAUUUGAAGUAGGAGGGUUGGCAGCGAAUGCAAUGGCAGCCGAUGAGGAAAUAGCUUUGACAUUGAUAAAAUAAUCUUUUAAAAAUUAAAAUGAAAAAAAAAAUAAGCUAGUUAUGACUUCACUUUAAUAUUAACUAAGGCUGUCAAACGAUUAAAAUUUUUCAUCGAGUUAAUCACAAAUUAAUUAAAAAUUAAUUAAUCGUAAUUAAUCGCAAUUAAUCGCAAUUCAAACCAUUUAUAAAAUAUGCCAUAUUUUUCUGUAAAUUAUUGUUGGAAUGGAAAGAUAAGACACAAGAUGGAUAUAUACAUUCAACAUGCAGUACAUAAGGACUGUAUUUGUUUAUUAUAACAAAUCAACAAGAUGGCAUUAACAUUAUUAACAUUCUGUUAAAGUGAUCCAUGGAUAGAAAGACUUGUAGUUCUUAAAAGAUAAAUGUUAGUACAAGUUAUAGAAAUUUUAUAUUAAAACCCCUCUUAAUGUUUUCGUUUUAAUAAAAUCUGUAAAAUUUUCAAUCAAAAAAUAAACUAGUAGCCCGCCAUUGUUGAUGUCAAUAAUUACUUACACAAUGCUCAUGGGUGCUGAAGCCUAUAAAAUCAGUCGCACCCAAGCGCCAGCAGAGGGCAGCAAAACUCCAUAAAACACAAUUGACAAGUGGGCAGUUCACUGUACUGUGCGUUAAUUGCGUCAAAUAUUUUAACGUGAUUAAUUAAAGAAAUUAAUUACCGCCCGUUAACGCGAUAAUUUUGACAGCCCUAAUAUUAACGCAUUGAGGGGAACAUGGCCGCCUAGAGGCCAUGUUUAUAGGGACGAUGAAAGCUCUUUUCAUGACUUUAUCGCUAGUGGAAGUCCAGUCAAUUUGAAGCGGGAGGGCUGGCAGAAAAUGCAGUGACAGCCAAUGAUGAAAUGGCUUUGACAUUAAUGAAAUAAUCUUUAAAAAAAUCCAAAUUAAAAAAAAAGAAAUAAGCUAGUUAGGACUUCAUUUUAAUGUCAAAGUGUUAAGUUUAAGGGGGAACAUUGACCCCUAGCAACAUGGCCACCCUGAGUCCAUGUUGGUAGAGCCAAAGAAAGUUAAUCGCUAGAAGAUGUCCAAUCAAUUUGAAGUUGGUGGGCUGGCAAAGAAUGUAUUGGCAGCCAAUGAGAAAAUAGCGUUGACAUAAUCUUUUAAAAAUCAAAAUUAAUGAAAGAAAGAAGCUAGUUAGGACUUGAUUUUAAUGUCAAAGUGUCAAAUUUAAGGGGGAACAUCGCCCCUACCAACAUGGCCGCCCUGAGUCCCUGUUGGUAGUGGCAAAUAAAGUUUAUCGCUAGAAGACGUCCAAUCAAUUUGAAGUGGGUGGGCUGACUGGCAACAAUUGUAUUGGGAGCCAAUGAGAAAAUAGCGUUUACAUAAUCUUUUAAAAAUCUCAACUAAAAAAAGAAAUAAGCUAGUUACGAUUUAAUUUUAACAUCACUGCAUUGAGUUUAAUGGGGAAUGUCGCCCAUACCAAUAUGGCCACUCUCAGGCCAUCUUGAUCGGGGCUAAGAAAGCUCUUUUCAUGCUUUUGCCAUGAAUCGAAAUCAGUUCAGGCUAGUAGACGUCCAAUCUAUUUGAAGUUGGAGGGCUGAUGUCAAUGGCAGCCAAUGAGUUAAAAAAUGCAAUUUUUUUCCAUCUGGCCAAGAUGCACCGGCCCACCAGUUGGCUUAUCACUGGUGGAGGAACUUGAGGAAAUAGCUUUGACAUUGAUAAAAUAAUCUUUUAAAAAAGAAAAAGCUAGUUAAGAUUUGCAUUGAUGGGAACGUCGCCUCGGGGCGGCCAUAUUGGUAGGGGCGAUGAAAGCCUUUUCAUGCUUUUGCCGUGAAUUGAAAUGAGUUUCUCUAGUAGACGUCCAAUCAUUGGUCCAAAUGGGAGGCCUGGCAGCGAAUGAUUCACUGCCAGACUUCCCGCUUCAAAUGGAUUGGACUUCUCCCGCUAUUAACAGCUAACAAUGAGUUGAACAAGGUGUUACCAAGCCAUGCUAGCAACGAUUUUACAUUUGAAAGAGUAUGCAGUAAUUUAAUUUAAUUUAAAAAAAAAUUUAUAUCGGUAUCGGUACAUUAUUGGCAUCGUCCAAAAAUACCAAAACAAAUAAUAUCGGUGCAACACUAGUUACUUUCAUAUUUUGUGAGGGGUUCUGAAACGCUCAACAAGAAGUUGAGUCUUCUUGUACUUCCUGUUAGCUCUGAGCUGUGCUAAGUACAAGGCUUUUUCAACAAUGUAGUAAUAAGGAGAAUCAAGACGUGUUACUCCAAAGAUGAGUAAUGAUAGUUUGUGAGGCUUAGUGGUGUGAUUUUUUUUUUUUUUUUUUCAAAUGAUUCAUUCAAGUUAAUAAAUAUACAAAUAUUUUAUGAUGUCUCUUGCAUAUGUGAUCUGUCUAUUUUUGAAUUUAAAAAAAUGGAAA